UUCGAAAUUUUAGUCUAUGGUAUGUGUCCAUUGUUUUUCUACAAUGUUAUUUUUCUGACUGCUGCUGGUGGACGAAAAUUUUAUCUCGCUGCGUCGAGUGUGGGUUUGUGCUAGUGUUCGUGUUCGAUACAGUGAUUUAUUUGAAAUAGAUCACGAAGAUGUCGUCACCGAGCGCUGGGAAACGUCGGAUGGACACGGACGUCAUAAAACUUAUCGAAAGUAAACAUGAGGUAACAAUACUCGGGGGUCUGAACGAGUUCUGCGUGAAAUUCUUCGGACCUCCUGGCACUCCGUACGAAGGUGGCGUGUGGCGCGUUCGCGUGCACUUGCCCGACCACUACCCUUUCAAGUCACCGUCCAUCGGCUUUAUGAACAAAGUCUACCACCCCAACAUCGAUGAAGUUUCCGGCACUGUAUGUCUGGAUGUCAUCAACCAAGCUUGGACAGCUCUUUACGAUUUAUCGAAUAUAUUCGAGUCGUUUCUACCGCAGCUACUGACGUAUCCGAACCCCAUCGAUCCUCUGAAUGGUGACGCAGCCGCCAUGUACCUCCAUAAACCAGAGGAGUACAAAAAGAAGGUCUCGGACUACGUGCGGCGCUUCGCGACGGAGGAGGCGCUGCUGGAGAAGGACGCCAUCACGGGCGCGGGCGCGGGCGCGCGCGCCAACGGCGCCGCGUCCGACACCGAGUCGUCCAUGUCGGAGUUCAGCGACGACGAGGCGCACGACAUGGAGUUAUAACGAACUGUGCCGCGAGGUGCGUGUCGCGUGGCGUGCUAGGUGACCAUCCGCCGAUUGCAUUUCGUUCGCUGAAUCGAAAUGGACUCGAUCGAUAGUUGUUUUUUUCUCAGCGUCUGUGUUGCUUGCGACGGGGGGGGGGGGCGCCCUGGAAUCUUUUGUCGUAUCUCGGUCGUUUCGGACGUGAUCGCAUGUCGAAUGCCAAAUUAUCGGGUAGUUUUUUCGGUCACGAUCGUUUCUCCUCUAUAUGUGGUUGUGCGUAGUGUCUCGGUUUCUUGUGAUCGAUGUCGACGAAGCUCAGAGUCGAGAUCCGUCUGUUGAAUGUUUGUAACUUUGAACUUUGUGUGAAAAUUUUAAAGUCUCAAAUUGAAAUCUGUAUACAUAUUGUGAAGUAAUCUGUGAUUAACAAAAUAUCGUUUCAAUUGUAACGGGGCGCCCGAUGUAAAAGGUUGUUUUACUACCUCAAACAGUAUAAUUUAAAAAACAAAAAAAGAAA